AUGGACUCCCCGGUAUCCUCUCAAGAUAAUGACAUAGAGGUGAAUGUGGUCUCCGGCGCCAGUAGCCCGGACAUCACAUCUUCUCCCUCUAGAAAAGAGCAGAAGAGCCCCUUCUACGAGCUGAAGAAGGACAAGGAGGAGAAGGCGACGGGCAGCGCGCCGUACACCAGCUUCUCCAUUAGUUCCAUCCUGAACAGAACAGAGCCAAGGCGGGAGUCGAAUGUUCUAGAAGCCGCCUUAGCGGCGAACCACUUCGGCUCCAAUGAUGCUAUGUUAUCUAGGCUGGGACUUAUAUCGCAAUGGAGUGCUUUGGCCGGGCGUUAUGGCGGCCUAGUGCCGGCCCCUUGGUACUGGCAGAGACCACACGAAAGGACCCCGCCUCGUGAGGACUGCGUCACCAACGAGGAUGGCUCUGCUGGGGGCUCGCCGCGGCCGCGUAGCCCCCCUCGUGCCCCCACGCCCCCCUCGCCCGACCGGUCAUCCCCGCGCUCGCCGCGCCUCCACCCCGCCCUCUACCCGCAGCAGCAAGACGCCCCCGACUCGGACGCCGACGUGGACGAGAGCGACGACUUCGACAAGGACGAGAAGCGCGACCCCAGCGCCGCGCUCGGCAAGCGCAAGAAGAAGACGCGCACGGUCUUCUCCCGCUCGCAGGUCUUCCAGCUGGAGUCGACCUUCGACAUGAAGCGCUACCUCAGCAGCUCGGAGCGGGCCGGCCUCGCGGCGAGCCUGCACCUGACCGAGACGCAGGUGAAGAUCUGGUUCCAGAACCGCAGAAACAAGUGGAAGAGGCAGCUCGCGGCCGAGCUGGAGGCGGCGAACAUGGCGCACGCCGCUCAGCGCUUGGUGCGCGUGCCGAUACUGUACCACGAGUCGCGGCCGUCCAUGCCGCACACGCCGCUGCCGAUCCACCCGCAGUUCUCCAACGAGCCCGGCGUGUACUUCCAGCCGCAAGCGCCGCAGCCGCUGCAGCCGCUGCCUGCGUCGCCGGUCACGUCCAGGGCACCCCUGUCCAGUCUAGUG